ACACGCACGUACGUACUCUGGACUCUCACAGUGUGACGUAUGCCCUGGCGCCCGGUUAGCUAGCUUCUAAGCUAGUUAGCUAGUUACGGUUUCUAAUUGCCGGUUAAUACCAGCUAGAACUAGCUAGUAAGUGGCGUUUUCUUCCCUGGUUACUCUCAGCAUCGACUAUGGACGACGAAACCCACCCCAGAACCCUGUAUGUGGGAAACCUCUCCAGGGAUGUAACAGAAAUUCUGAUCCUGCAACUCUUCACCCAGAUAGGACCAUGCAAAAGCUGUAAAAUGAUCACAGAGCACACGAGCAAUGAUCCCUAUUGCUUUGUGGAGUUCUUUGAACACAGAGAUGCUGCUGCAGCCCUUGCAGCCAUGAAUGGGAGGAAGAUAUUAGGAAAGGAGGUUAAAGUAAACUGGGCCACUACUCCAAGUAGCCAGAAGAAAGACACAUCCAAUCACUUCCAUGUUUUUGUGGGUGAUUUGAAUCCAGAGAUUACUACUGAGGAUGUCAGGGUUGCGUUUGCACCAUUUGGGAAAAUAUCGGAUGCCCGAGUUGUGAAGGACAUGACGACAGGCAAAUCAAAGGGGUAUGGAUUUGUGUCCUUCUACAACAAACUGGAUGCAGAGAAUGCCAUUAUUAACAUGUCGGGACAGUGGCUCGGAGGGCGCCAAAUCAGGACUAACUGGGCUACGCGUAAACCUCCAGCUCCUAAGAGCACUCAGGACAAUGGUUCAAAGCAGCUGAGGUUUGAUGACGUAGUGAAUCAAUCCAGUCCACAGAACUGCACUGUGUACUGUGGAGGGAUCCAAUCAGGGCUAUCAGAACAUCUAAUGCGACAGACCUUCUCACCAUUCGGUCAGAUAAUGGAAGUCCGGGUUUUCCCAGAGAAAGGAUAUUCUUUCAUCAGGUUUUCCUCCCAUGACAGUGCUGCCCAUGCCAUUGUUUCAGUAAAUGGCACAGUCAUUGAAGGACACGUAGUGAAGUGCUUCUGGGGCAAAGAAUCACCCGACAUGGCAAAAAGUCCACAGCAGGUUGAUUACAGUCAGUGGGGACAGUGGAACCAGGUCUACGGGAAUCCGCAGCAGCAGCAGCAGCAGCAGUAUGGGCAGUAUGUGACCAAUGGGUGGCAAAUGCCCUCUUACAACAUGUAUGGCCAGACAUGGAACCAGCAAAGUUUUGGAGUAGAGCAGUCCCAGUCAACAGCCUGGAUGGGAGGCUUUGGAUCUCCAUCAGCCCAGGCCGCAGCCCCGCCUGGUACAGUCAUGUCCAGCCUUGCCAACUUCGGCAUGGCUGGCUACCAAACGCAGUAAGAAGGCCCUAACCUCAAUGUAAUACCAAGGCGACACAGCACUCUUACAUUUGGACAGCUGCUGUGGUAAAAGAAGGGCGGGGCCAUAUUCACAAAGCCUUUCUAGCUAAUAGUUGCUCCUACACAAUUACAGUAUACAACAGAAGGGAGCACACCCCUGUGCAAUAUUACAUAAAGGUCAGGUGAUCAGAGCUGUACUGUCCAACAGUAAUUGUGUUACUUCUGAGUACAGCAGUAUGGUAUUUGCUCUCAUGCAAAGUUAAAAAUGAAUGGUAGAUAUUUCCUUUAUAAUAAAUGUGUUUAUAUAAUAUUUGCUUUUCUUCAUCAGAGGAAAUACCCUUUCAAUUCACGCAAUAAUGCUGUUAGUGAUACAGUUUUGAAUCUUUUGAAAUCUAGGUAAUAUUGUACAGGUGUGUAUUCGCUUUUGGUGUAGAGUGUAUGAUUUUAAUCACAGUCAAUUAAACUCAAAACACUUAAAAAAAAAAAAGUUUGUUCCAUUAUUAGUCCUAAUUCUGUUUUAAAAGAGGGGGAAAAAAGUGCUCUUGGGCUUCUCAAGUAAAGCCAAACCAACUGUUUUUGUCUGAGUACGUGUUUAAGGACACACCGUCCUUAUGAGUGCUAGACCAUGUGAAACAUCGAGGAUUCAUGCCUACAGAGUAGAGAUCUUGGCACAGAGACAGAACUUACAAUGCCUUUCCUUUCAUCACACAUUUAACCGGUUGACCAGUGGGCCAACCCAUUAACCUCGUAGGACCUGGCGUCCACAUAUGUGGGCAUCACAUUUUGGGUUAUUUAGACCAAAAUACUGAAUUUUGCUCUACAAGGGCCUGAUAUCCACUUACAAGGAAAUUAUACUGCUACUGUUCUAUCAAAAUUUUAAACGAAUAUCCUCAUAUUUGGCUCUUAUUUUUCUUAAAAACAAAAAUAAGGUUAAAAAAAAUCUGGUAAUUCUUUGUUUUUACAUUCAUCGGGCCCCAAUAUGUCCAAAUAUCAAAGAGAAAUCAAAAUGCAUGCCGUGGAAGAGUUCGGGUCUUAGGAGGUUAAAACAUCAAUUUAGUACAAAUUCUUUCAUAUUUUACAAAACAAAAGGGCCUUAGAGAAAAUGUACAUGUAACAUAGCGCACACUUUUUAAAUGCCACUAUUAUAAUUUUUUUUUUAAUCCAUCAGCUCAUGAGGAUUAAAAACCGUGAAAACCUCAAACAUACCAACAUUAAUAUUUAAAAACCAAACUAUGGCAAUUUUUUUUUUUUUUUAGGUUGAAAGUUUAUUUUCUGGUCAUGCUUGUCAUUUUAGGGCGUAAAACAAGCCUUCAUGCGAGUUCACGAUAGAUCGAGAAGGUAAAUCCUCCAUGGAUUUGUGCUACACUCCACUGAGCCGCAAGAAUGACCCACUCAACAUUGGUCUGGACCUUCAGGGAAUAAAAUAUCCAGACUUUUAGUCCUGUUUUAAUAUUUUAAGUCAAAAAUGCUUUGUGAAUAGAGGCCCUGGAAUGGUAGUUUACCUUUCCAUUAUAUGUGAAGAAACUCUCUGUACAACAACUGUGGCUUUAAAGGAGAUUCGGGUGGGAAAUGGGAUUGUGUACCAAGAAGAUUUCACCUACACAGGUCUAAAAGCAAAAAAUUAUUUUCAUGUUUUUUGUUGUUGUAGUUUUUGUUUUUUAAAUCCGAUUCCCAGACUUCAGUGAAUUUUAGCUUACUCCGUACUGCAGCCAAGAUGGACUAAUUCAUAAUGUCUCAAAGGAACGGCUGCAGCACCCAGUCUCUGUAUAUAGAAAGUAUUGUAAAAACUGCUUAACCCCCCAAACUUUGUAAAGGUAACAAACCAUGCUGUGCUGAUUCUGGGGCUGGUUUCCUAGAGGAAUGCUGACUCUUAAACAUUUUUGUCCGAUUCUUCCUCUGUGUUAAUGCCAUCAUUUAAAACCACUUCUUUCCAGUGGCUUUGAAUUUUCUGCAUAGAGUUGUAGAGUGAAUUUUGUACUAUAACCAGCCCUAGUUUUAUUGCAUAAUUCAAAUAUUAUGGUUUAAUUACCCACUAGCAUAAAGAAAAGCUCAAAUGUUUUAGGGUCACAAAGAAUUAUUUUACUUUUAUUCUGAAAGCGGAGGGUCUCCUAGGUGCACGUAUCACUGUUUUGUUAAUGUGGCAGAAACUUCCCCUUACGCAUUCUGAGUUUUCGGUUUAAAGAAUAUUGACACGUCUCGGGUAAAUCAUAAAACCCACUGAGAAAUUACGACAGAAGGAUUUCUCACAAACAUCCUGCAAUUUUGGAUUUUAUUUGUGUUUGUGCCAUUUGUACAGAAUAUCAUACUCCCUGUUUGCUACCUGCUCGUUCUGUAGUGCUAGCCAACAAACCUGAUACAGAUUUUGUUUGUUUUCAUUUGCGCUGGGGUUUUCAUUGAAUUAAACAGGGUCUUGUUUGUCUAGAGUGUAAAUACAAACCUUGAUCACAAAUCCUCAAAACUUAAACUGAUGUAGAUACUAUAGGUAGAAUGUUACAAAGUUAAUCUCCAUCAUUAAAUUUAAGCAAUAUAGUUUGCGAAUGAGCCUUAAUUGAUUUGUUGGUAAAUUCUGAAUUUGUUAUUUAAAGAUGCUCCAUUUUAAAUCUAAAUUAUCUUCCUUUUAAUUUUUCCUCAUUUUAAGCUUUGUGCCAUUUUCAGGAUGUAGCAGGAAGCAGGUGAUGUAUCAACUUGAACUGCACGCUAAUGACAUGUAAUAUAUUUGUUGCUUAAACUAUUGAAUGUAAUGACGAUUUGCUUUUUUUUUGACCAUUAUACACAUAAAUUGAACAACAGAAGUGAUGUUUAUAUAAUAAUAAAGGAUUGAAUCGAUUUCACAUUUAAUGGAAAAACUCAACAAAGUCACGUCAAAUAAAGAAACCUUUGAACCUUUGA